CGGGGUGGGGGGCCAGCACCCUGCCGAGCUCGGGGUGUCGGGUGCCGCCAGCCGCACCACCAUGGCCUGGGCUGGGGGGGGCGCGGGGCAGCUCUCAGCCAUCCUGGAGUCAGACAGCAGUGAGGAGGAGGAGGAUGAAGAGAAGGAGGAAGAGGGUGAAGAGGCAGCUAUGGGGCAGCAGCAUCUGCCCCUUGGGCAGGAGGUGGACGAAGCGGAGGAGCGGCUGGCCGAGCUGGAGCAAGCGUCGCAGGCGCUGCUGGCCGAGCUCUCGGCGCUGGAGACGGAGUUUGAGAUCGAGAGGACGUGCCGGCAGCAAGCCGAAGCCUACGCAGCCCAGGUGAAGCAGGAGAACAAGCAACUGAAGCGGCUCAGCCUGGCCCCGACGGCCCCCCUGGCCCUGCCCGAUGAGGAGCCCCCCGAGGAGGACCCCGACCCUGCCCAGCGCUACGGGCAGCAGCUCGAGGAUCUGCAGGAGAAGAUCUCCUGGCUGCUGGCGCAGCGGAAGGACCUCACCAUCCAGGUCCAGGAGCUGCAGAGGCAGAACAAGGACCUGCAGGACCAGCUGGAGAUGGGGCAGGAGGAGCAGCAGCGCCUGCGGGCAGCCCUGGGCACCAGCCAGCGGGCGCUGAGGUCCUUCAAGAGAGUGUCGCAGAUCGUCACCCAGGAUUACUGCGAGGCGAUGCAGCAGCUGGAGCUGGAGCAGGACCUGCGCCUGCACGCCGAAGCCUUCGCCCACGAGAUGCUGGUGCAAAAGAAGGAGGCGAACAGGCAGAGCUCGAUCCUGCUGCAGAGCGCGGGGCCCAGCGCCCAGCUGCUGGCAGCCCUGCAGGAGGUGGGACGCCUGACCCGGGCGCUGGAGGAGGCCAGGCAGGAGCAGCAGCAGCGGGUGAAGGAGCUGGAGGAGCAGCUGGGGAGGCGGCCGGAGCCGGAGGAGCUGGAUCUGGCCCGAGCCGCUCUGGCCGAGGCGGAGGACGAGAAGCUGCAGCUGAGGAAGCGGCUGCAGGAGGCUGAGAGGCGGCUGGCGGGGCUGGAGGAGGAAGUGGCGUCGCUGCAGAAGAAGCUGGCGCAGGACCCGCUGCCGCAGAGCCAGACCCCCGAGCCGGUUGCGCCCGCGCCACCGCCGCCACCGCCGCUGCCACCACCCGCACCCGCCGUCCCCGUGGACCCGCUCUCGGCGAUCAGGCAGAGGAAGGGGCUGGCAAACACCCGGUGCAGCAAGCCAGAAGCGGACGAUGCUAAAGCCCGCGCCGUGCAGGAGAUGAUGGAGCGGAUAAAGAACGGGGUGGUCCUGAGGCCCGCGAAGGAGCGGGUGCCCCUGGACCAGGGUCCGGCGGUGGCAGCCGGCAAGCGGAGGAGCGCGGCUCUGGAGCUGCAGGGCAUCCUGGGUGCCAUGAGGAGGGCAAGCAGGAGGCCCAGCGGGCGGCAGAGCAGCCUGAAGGGCAGGGACAGGCAGCUGGAGUCCAUCCUGCAGCGGCGACGCCGGGCCGUGGAUUCCUCCCUGCCCGCCCCGCCGCCUGCCCCCGGUCCCCAGCAGCAGGACCACGAGGAUGCCGGGGCUGCGGGAAGGACGGAGCCUGGGGACAAGGACAUCGGCACGGCUUCAUCUGGGCGCUCGCCAGGGAGCGGUGGGGACAGGGUCCCGUUCAGAGCCCGGGUGGCCAGCGGCCUCCCCAGGACCCGGCCCCUCGCCUGCCUGGCCAGGGACAGGGGGGAGCCGGGGUAGAGGCAGCUGCCCACCACGCUGCCGGAGCCACACGGCCACGGCGGGGCGAGGAGGGGGCACGGCCGCGUGGACGGCUGCUGCGAGCUUUCACCCUUGUUUUUGGGCAGCUCGCAUCUUCUUGUGCUUUCAUUAAACUGGGUCCCCAUGCGC